CCCGCCCACGCUGUUUUUUGACGUCUCUGACCGUUGGCGCCGUUGGUCGCGAGCGCUCGGUUGGUCGCCUCCUUCGAGGAGGAGGAGCCAAAAUGGCGGCUAAGAUAGCAAAAUGGGUGGCUCUUCCUACGGCCUUGGCAGGUGCAUCUAUUGUACAUGCUGCAUCUGAAGAGGAACCAGAAUCUCGUCGCAUGAAGGCACAUCAGCUUCCUAUUUAUAAUGCACCACCUCUUAAUUCAAAAUACAUCGAUGAAAAGCCUGGCCGCUUGCAAAGUAGGAUUUCAUCAGUAAGAAACACAACAAGUUACUAUGUCAAUGGGUGCAAGGAUGCUUAUCUCUUUGUCAAAAAUGGGAUAAUAUCAUCUGUACAGUUUGGAAAAGAUGCCUAUGUUUACCUGAAGAAUCCACCUCCAGAAUUCCUUCCCAAAGUUGGUAUGAUUACAGUUUCAGGACUGACUGGGCUAGUCCUUGCAAGAAAAGGAUCUAGAUUUAAGAAGAUUUGCUAUCCCUUGGGACUCUGCACAUUGGGCAUAUCUGUUUGCUAUCCAGCUCAGUCAGUAAUUAUUGCAAAGGUAAUAGGUGGAAAGGCCUAUGCUGCAAGCCAUAAAACCUAUGAAACAGUAGGAUUGCUAUGGACCAAAAAGUCCACUACAGAAGUUCUCCUCACCCAGGAUAAGGAUACUCAGCAGCAAGUACUGGGAGCAGUUCCAGGAACAGACCAUAUUGUCUCAGAAGCUCGGAAGAUAGCCCUUGAAUCAGAAGAAAAGGUGAAAUCAUCACAAAUGCAAUUUCAUGCAGAGAAGACACUUCCGCAGACAGAUUCUGUGCCUUUGAUAGCUGAAGCGAAACCGCCAAGUGUCAGAUCAGAUGCGUUGAAGGCAACAAAGUUUAAACCAGACCCCAGCCUCAUGGACCAUGGCCAGUCCAUCCCAGAAGAUGUGGAUAUGUACAGUAACAGAAGCUAACAGCACAAACUCCCAAAAUUUUGGAACACAAUAAUGAUGGGACAUUAAAAUGGGGAAAAUUGUGAUCUGUAUGGUGGUAUUUGAUCAGGUAAUUCUUCAACCUGAUCUUUAACUGUACAGCCAGUUCACUCGCCCUUCAUUUCCACUGUAUCAUUUUUCCCCUAUUACUUAUUGCUACAAGUGUUCUUUUAAUUUUUGCAAAUCACGAGACAGCCAAAGGAUUUCAGAUGAGAUUGUCAUUGUCAAGCUGGUUAUUAAUAUAAAUCACUUGGAGAAAUAGAUUUCUGUGCCACUCCUCCACAGAUAAUGAAGUGAUAAUGAAAACAGAAAUAUUUAAACUUAUUUUCCUUGGGC